UUCUUUUUUUUUUUUUUCUUUCCUCCUACUCAACUGUCGAGUUCUAGGAGAAAUCUGGGUCGACCUUAAGUGUAGGUACCCUAUCCUUUUCAGAUUAUUGUUUUGUCAGCAUGGACUCGGUUAGUUUGACAGCGGAGGAAGAUGAGGUGAUCAUGGUUCGGUCGAAGCAUCGUGAGAAAACUAUAGAAGAGUGGUCCCUCAGUUUGCUAGGAAGGUUUCACACGACCGAACUCAUCAACUUUAGAGCUGCGGAAAACCAUCUACGCUCUGUAUGGAAGAUGGAGGGGAACGAUCUAAAAAUUACAGAUGUUGGGGACGGACUGUUUCGGUUUAAAUUCUCGAUGGAAAACCAAUUGAAGUGGGUUAUUAACAACGGUCCUUGGAGUUUCGAUAAUCAUAUCCUAUUACUGCGAAGGUGGGAGAAAGGAAUGACGGCCUUUUCGGUUAACUUCCAAACUGUUCCGAUGUGGGUGCAAGUGUGGGGACUACCCUUCGAUCUGAUAUACAAGGAAGCAGGGAUAGAUAUUGGACAAGGAAUUGGUAGAGUCAUUGAGGUAGAUUGUAAAGCCAUUGCGUCGGGCGAGGCAAGGUUUCUCCGGGUCAGAGUGGAGGUGCCCUUAGACAAGCCGAUACGCGGGGGAGCCGCAGUACUGAGUCCGGAAGGUGAUAAGGUUUGGGUGGCUUUCAAGUACGAACGGCUAUCUGGUCUGUGCUUCCAUUGUGGCCUCCUUGGUCAUGAGGCAAAAGCAUGCGAGUUCACGAAGCUGAAGGUGUGGGAGGAGAGUCCUUACGGCGAAUGGCUGCGAGCGACGGAGGAUGUCCCACCACAGACCAGCGACUCUCUAGUACUGGCACAAUCUCACCGAGAUGGAAACCCCAACACCAACAACGAAGACACCAGAGAAGAAGCACUCUUCUUCUUAGAGAGCCACAACUUCCACCUCGACUCCGCCGUCUCCACUUUUCUCGACAUCGACGGUGCAGAAACAGGACCCCAGCAGAAUUUUAGUUCGGGUCACGGACAUUCAAGGACAAUAAUUGAGGAAGGAAUUCCGGAGGUUGUGGAAUGCAGGGAACUUAAUGAGGAGCAAUAUUGGGAUAGUAAUGCAAUUUGUGCCCUCCAAAAGACAAUAAUUGAGGAAGGAAUUCCGGAGAUUAUGGAGGUUGUUGAAUGCCUGGAACUUAACGCAAUUCCUGCCCUCCAAAAUUAUAUGCUUGGGAAAUCCUUCUCUGCGUCAGAGUUGAUCAAAUGGCUUAAGCAGAAAUUGGAUUGUUUUGAUCCAAAACUAUUGCUAUCUCAGGGAUACAGAUGGCUUUGUGAUGCAUUUCGAUUGCCGCUAACAGAUCUCAAGAGUCUAGUGGCUUCUCUAGCAUCUGAUAAAGCUGUUUGGGAUGCGAUUUUGAGGAACGAGUUAGUUCGAGAGUUUCAAUGGACACCCUACGCAGUUAAUUAUGUAAGGACACUAAUUUCUAAUGAAGAACCAGGCUUGGCUACAGGUACAUUGAUGUGGAUUUGGGAUGGAGAAAAAGCAAAAUUUGAGCUCAUUAAGAAAUUUCUGUCUCUAGUGAAGGGGCUAUUUCAGCAGAUGGAGCAAAAAAUUAGAUCAUCAUCACCUCUCUCUUUUGUGAACCUCCUGAUUGAGGCUGUGGCUCAAGCCCUACCUGCUCGAAUCACCAUGGCAUAAGCAGAAGAAUGCAAGAAUAAACCUCAUUAUUUGAUCAACAGUGGGGCACCAUUAGUUGAUGAUUACCUAUUAAAUUUCAGCAUUUUCCCCCCUGUAUUCUAUAUGUUGCAAAACGGUUAUGUUUCCAAAUAUUUGAACUCCUACAUUUGUUUCAUAAAUAAAAUCCUGAAGGUCUUGAAGGAAAACUCACAUACUUCCAGUCUCCUAUAACGGAUAUUAUCGACCACGUUUGCCAAGUUAACUUCACCCAUAACAUUAUCUGUUAGCAAAUCAACUUCAGCCUGCAGUAUCCAACACCAAUUGAACAAGGCUACAUAUAUGCAUCUCAGCUUGUGAACCCUGCAUCUGAAAGACGCAGAGGACCAAGUGCUGGGUUUGCUUUUUCUAAAUUCAUCUAUGUUUUUCCACUCACAUGAAUGAGUUGCUUUCCUAUUCUCAGGUCCAAGCAAUAAUAUAUUGUCAUUACCUCUCUAUAUAAAAAACUAAUUAUCUUGACAUUACCAAGUCUCUAUGAGAAGGCUUCAAAAAAGGUCUUUCUGCACAUGAUGAGGUAUCGUUUUUCAUAUAAACACCAAAUCAUGUGGCCCUACCAACUUUCACGAUCUACUCAUUUCACAUGCAUCUA